CAUAAAUAGUGAUUGACACUUUAAUGCCUUUCUGAUUGGUUAGGAUUGUUUCCAGCUGUUUGUGAAUAUACUGCCUGUUAAGGAUGCCAAAUUGCUUCUGAGCACGGCGUUAAAAUUGCUUGACUGGUCGCAAGGCUACAAAAUCACUGCCAUACCGGAUGUCUACAACGGUACUGUGCGCGAGCUGUUGAAUGAAAAUGCAAUUGACAUGGCAGGCUAUACGUCUCAACAUCUAUCAGCUAGCAAGAGAAAAAGCAUUGAGUGUGAAAGCGAGUUGCCCGCAUGGCUUCGUAAUGCGCGCUCUCCAUAUCGCCGAUACUACGUUGAUCAAUAAAUUUUGGCAUGCCAGUAACGCAGGCACAUUCGAAAUCAUAAGACGCCUGAUUAUCUACAACAAGAGCAUUGGCGUGUAUACUGAAAACUCGCACGAAUUGGUGGCUUGGUGUAUAAGAUGCCAAAGUGGCUUUAUCGGCAUAUUGCAUGUGAAGCCGGCUUUUAGGCGAUAUGGCUUAGCUUCAUUACUUUGCCUAGCUUUGAUACAAGACAUUUGUGGCAGCGGUGACGAAGUGCGCGCCAUGAUUCACGAGCAUAAUGAACCAUCGAUAGCGUUGUGUAAGAAAUUGAAAUUUGAACAAGUUGGAGUGACGCAUAUAAUACACGCCUACCAUCCGGCAAACGGUGCAGCUUGGAUUGAAAAAUCGGAGAAGGCCAGAAGCAAAUUGUAGCGGAACUGUUUUUUUUUUAUUGGGUUUAUUAAUUUUCCAAAAGUAAAUGAUAGAGAUUUUAUAUAGGAGUUUUGCAGUACGCACGACUCGUUGCUAAAGUGGAAGUAAAUCAGCUGUGUGUGACCUAGUAUUAAGUAAAUAAUUCUGUGUGCAACGUAAUGCCGCUCAAAUGUUCGCCACGGCUUUUCAAUUUUUACUGAUCGUGCCAUAUAGUAUAUAUGUACAUAUGUAAAGCCGGCUGAGUUUGAACGAU